AUGGCCACAGAUAUCACCCCAGAGGCCAUCGGCUUCCUGUCUGCGGUGGGUGUCUUUGUGGUGUUUCUGGCCGUCCUCUUCCUCUUCAUCAAUAAGAAGCUGUGUUUCUCCCGCGUUGGGGGUCUGCCCUGUCUGGAGCAGCAUGGCCGCGGGAAACGCUCACGCAGCAGGCCCGGAGUCCGCCAGGGGCUGGUGAACAGUUACGGGGAUGGUGAGGAUCAGUCCAGCUCAUCGGAUAGCGAGGACGAGAUAGUGAAGCAGUUUGAGAUCUCAGUGUCUCGCUCUCAGAGCUUCCGCUCUACAGGGACCACCGAGGUUGUAGCCCAGGCUGCACCGGGAAAACGCCACAAGUUCACCCGCCUACUCUCUGACCAGGAGGAGGGCAGCACAGAGCCCUCAGACUGCGAAGACGUGGACGGAGACGUGAGCAGGCUGAGUUACCAGAACCCCCUGUCGUACGGGGAUGAGAAGCUGGGCUCCCUGGGGUCCCAGGAAAUGGCUGAGGGUCUGGACGGCCCACCACGGGAGGGCUCGCUGGACACAGGGGGCAGCCCGGCCCCCAACAUGAGUCACCAGGCCACCGAGGGGAGCCUUGAGAUGGAGACAGCCGUGGACAACCAGGGUGACGACAACAACGACCCUACAGACAGCUCCUCCACAUGGAGCCCAGAGCAGGAGCAUCUUCCUGUAGAGGAGGUCCUCCCUUGCCCCCCCAGCUCCACCUCACGCCCCCCUAUCACCAAAUGUGGUGACCUCGAGGUCACCCUGGACUACAAGGCCGCCUCUCAGAAGCUGUUUGUUACCGUUGUGACCGCGCGGGACAUCCCAGACAAAGGGCGCAGUGGGAUGGACUCGUGGCAGGUGCACGUGGUCCUGCUCCCGGCAAAGAAGCAGCGUCAUAAGACCUCCGUCCAGAAGGGGUCCGUGCCCGAAUUCAACGAGACCUUCCGCUUUUCACACCUGGAGCCUUCAGAGCUGGGUACCUCUGCCCUGCGCUUCCGGCUCUACGCCCUGGGGGGCCGGAUGUCCCGCGAGCGCAUGAUGGGGGAGAAGGUGGUCCGCCUUGAGGGGCUGAGCCCAGAGGGGGGAGAUAUGGACACCACGCUGGUGCUGGAGCCCCGCAGCAACAUGAAGAGUGUUGACUCUCAGGUCAGUCUAGCUGGGGUGUCCCAGAGUGACAGUGCGUCCUCCACCCAGUCUCUAACCCACGGGGGCGUCCCUGAGCUGCUGGUGGGCCUGUCCUACAACGCCACCACCGGACGCCUCUCUGUGGAGCUCAUCAAGGGAAGCCACUUCCGCAACCUGGCCAUUAACAGGCCGCCCGACACCUAUGGGAAGCUGACUCUGCUCAACUCAGUGGGCCAGGAGAUCUCCAGGUGUAAGACAUCAGUGCGGCGGGGGCAGCCCAACCCCGUCUACAAGGAGACCUUUGUGUUCCAGGUUGCCCUGUUCCAGCUGUGUGACGUCACCCUCAUGGUGUCCAUCUACAACCGCCGCAGCAUGAAGCGUAAGGAGAUGGUAGGCUGGCUCGCCCUGGGCCAGAACAGCAGCGGGGAGGAGGAGCAGCUGCACUGGCUGGACAUGAAGGAGUGUAAAGGCCAGCAGGUUUGUCGCUGGCACGUCCUCCUGGAAGCCUAG